UAGAUUCUGCCGUGGUCCGCCUGAAGCCAGCAAGCUGGUGCCUCAUUUUUUCGAGCUUUGCGAAUGGUGAGCAGUGCCUAGCUUUGAAGAGCAUACCCCCCCUGGCGUCUGUUUUGCCGGUGCAGUGAUCUGAACUCCGAAGCUGAAGCUGCUUUCUUUCUCCCGGACAAGUUUCGCGCCACUUGCGAGACAACAGCAGCCAAGAUGGCGAUGAACUUGGAUUUGUCGAACGCCUCGGUGAUGCAGGACGAGCAUGGCCGGCCGUUCAUCGUCGUCAGAGACCAGGGCAAGAAGAAGCGCCAGCAUGGCAACGAAGCCGUCAAGUCCCAUAUUCUUGCCGCUCGCACCGUCGCAAACAUCAUCAAGACCUCAUUAGGCCCGCGUGGUCUCGACAAGAUCCUCAUCUCGCCCGACGGCGAUAUCACAGUAACAAACGAUGGUGCCACCAUUCUGCAGCAGAUGGAGGUAACCAACCACGUCGCGAAGUUGUUGGUGGAGCUUUCCAAGUCGCAAGAUGACGAGAUUGGCGACGGUACAACGGGCGUGGUGGUUCUGGCCGGUGCACUCCUGGAACAGGCAGCGGAGCUCAUCGACAAGGGCAUUCACCCUAUCCGGAUCGCCGACGGGUACGACCAGGCCUGUGAUAUUGCCGUGGCCGAGCUCGACAGGAUCUCGGACGUGAUUGAGUUUAGCAGGGAGAAGACGGAGAACUUGGUCAAGGUUGCAAGGACAAGCUUGGGUAGCAAGAUCGUCUCGAAGGCCCACGACCAGUUCGCCAACAUUGCCGUUGACGCCGUCCUCUCCGUCGCCGACCUGGAGCGCAAAGAUGUCGACUUUGAGUUGAUUAAGGUAGACGGGAAAAUGGGCGGUGCCCUUGAGGACACCGUCCUGGUAAAGGGCGUCAUCGUCGACAAGGAUUUCUCACACCCUCAAAUGCCGUCCGAGGUGCGGGAUGCCAAGAUUGCGAUCUUGACUUGCCCAUUCGAGCCACCCAAGCCCAAGACGAAGCACAAGCUCGAGAUCAGCAGCGUGGAGGAGUUCAAGAAGUUGCAGAACUACGAACGUGAGAAGUUCGUCGAGAUGAUUCAGCAAAUAAAGGAUGCUGGUGCGAACCUGGCCAUUUGCCAGUGGGGCUUUGAUGACGAGGCCAACCACCUGCUUCUGCAAAACAACCUCCCGGCUGUACGAUGGGUGGGUGGCCCGGAGAUCGAGCUGAUUGCGAUUGCGACCAACGGCCGCAUCGUACCCCGGUUUGAGGACCUCACACCCGAAAAGCUUGGAACGGCCGGUAUUGUUCGGGAGAUGACUUUUGGAACGACAAGGGAGAAGAUGCUUGUCAUCGAGGAGUGCGCGAACACACGGGCUGUCACCGUUUUCGUCAGGGGCAGCAACAAAAUGAUCAUCGACGAAGCCAAGCGCUCGCUCCACGAUGCUCUCUGCGUAGUCCGCAACCUUGUGCGUGACAACAGAGUUGUCUACGGUGGCGGCUCCGCCGAAAUCGCCUGCAGCCUGGCUGUCGAGGACGCCGCUGUCAAGACUCCCGGACUGGAGCAAUACGCGAUGCGCGCCUUCGCCGAGGCCCUCGACGCCAUUCCCAUGGCCCUGGCUGAGAACAGCGGCCUCAACCCUAUCGCUACCCUCGCCGAGGUCAAGAGCCAGCAAGUCAAGGACCCUGCCGGUCGCGGCCGCCUGGGUGUGGACUGCAUGGGCCGCGGGUCCAACAACAUGAAAGAGGCGUUUGUCAUUGAUCCGCUCAUUGGCAAGAAGCAGCAGCUUAUGCUGGCAACGCAGCUCUGCCGGAUGGUGCUGAAGGUGAAUAAUGUGAUUGUUUCUGGAUCGGGCGAGGAGGACUUUUAAAGGCCAGACAAGUAAAUGAAUCGUGGAGCUAGAUAAUUCUGGGCAUUGCUGAUACGUGCGUGCAUGAGUGUAUGAGAUCAAGGUUAGCCUCUCCGCUUGCGCUUAGAUGGAGAGCGACGUCCGCGACAGAGAAGAAGAAAAAAGCGCUUUUUGACCUUUCCCCCAGAACAGUCCAGACCUGUCUAUCUAAGAGGCUCGGCGACCGUUCUGGCCUAGAAAAAGUACAACGCUACCUACAGAACGAGGCAUUAAGAAGAGAUAUCUCCGU